AUGAGUAAGAUCAGUGAGACCAUCAAUCGGGCCAGAGCUGCCUUCAACUCUGGCAAAACUAAACCCUUGAAGUACCGGAUAAAGCAGCUGGAAAACCUCCUAAGGAUGAUGAAGGAGAAAGAAAAGGACUUUGCUGCAGCCCUGAAAGCUGAUCUCCACAAGGCUGAAUGGCCUGCAUAUUAUCAAGAGAUCAUUUAUGCUGUGGAAGAAACUGAGCAUGCAAUUGCCAACCUUCCCCAGUGGAUCCUUGAUGAACCUGUGGAGAAGCACCCUCAAAGGAAGGAUGACCAGCCUUACAUCCACUCAGAACCACUGGGUGUCGUUCUGAUCAUGGGAGCCUGGAACUUCCCCUUUAUUUUGACCAUUCAGCCAUUGGUGGGCGCCAUUGCUGCAGGCAAUGCUGUAGUCAUCAAGCCUUCUGAGUUGAGUGAGCAAACAGCCAUCACGUUGGCUAAAGUGAUCCCUCAGUACCUGGACAAG